CCUAUAUUUUGUGGAUUUUGGGCUAAAAAAAACUUCCGUCUUCUAGCCUGAACAUUUCGGAAGAUUAUCCAGCGGACAAACAUCGAGGAAACAACUUUAAAUUCCACAAAUCAACUCUGAAUUUUUUUUAAAACACAACAGACGUGACGGUGCAGGCUUGAACUGAGCACGCUCAGGAGUGAAUGAAUCCCCGCCUAUUCUCACAUUGCCACGACAACGAUGACAAUGGAAGAGAUUAAGAACGAAGCAGAGACGGCCCCAAUGGUUUCCAUGUCGCUUUACGCCGUGAUGUACCCCGUGUUCAAUGAGUUGGAGAGAGUGAAUCUGUCUGCGGCACAAACCCUAAGGGCUGCUUUCAUUAAGGCAGAGAAGGAGAACCCGGGCCUCACACAGGAGAUCAUUGUGAAAAUCUUGGAGAAAAAGAACGUAGAGCUCAACUUCUCAGAGUCUUUGUUACGCAUGGCUGCAGACGACGUCAAAGAGUACAUGAUUGACAGGCCGGAGCGAGAGUUUCAGGAGCUGAACGAGAGAGCACGAGCAUUGAAACAGAUCCUCAGCAAAAUCCCGGACGAGAUUAACGACAGAGUUCGCUUCCUGCAGACUAUCAAAGACAUCGCCAGUGCCAUUAAAGAGCUGCUGGAUACGGUGAACAGCGUCUUUAAGAAAUACCAGUAUCAGAACAGAAGGGCACUGGAGCAACAGAAGAAAGAGUUUGUGAAAUACUCCAAAAGCUUCAGCGACACUCUGAAAACAUACUUCAAAGAUGGAAAGGCAAUAAACGUGUUCAUCAGUGCCAACCGGCUCAUCCACCAAACCAACCUGAUCCUCCAGACCUUCAAGACCGUUGCAUAGGAGAUUGAUUCUAUCUUAAUUUUUUUUUAAAUUUUUUUUUUUUUGUUAAAUUACAAUAUAACCUUCACGUGAACAUGGAAAAAUGUUGGGGACUGUGUAAUUUAUUAAUCUUGUGGGCCAAUUACGUUGGGAUAUUCAUUCCUUUUUUCUUGCCUGAUAUCUAAUUUCCUUUAAUAGCUGGGUUAAGAGGCAAGAAUUUUUCAUGCCCUUUUUUUUUUUUUCUUUUUCUUUCUUUCUCUCCAACCAUCAUUCUUCAUUCCAAGUCUCCAUUCUGUUGUUUUUAAAGGAAACCAUUUCCAGACAUCUCUUUUACAUACUGGACUCUUCCUGUCCUGUCUAAUACUCUAAACUGCAGAGAAAGAGAACGGAAAGAUGGGAGAUUGUAUAUUUAAUAAAUAUUUGGUAGCAGAAAUAUUCAAAUAAAUAGACUGCAUCUUGUCUACAAUG